ACGUCCGCACGUGGUUGCCGGCUUUGGGGUACUGCUGUAGCAGUGACAACAUUCUGCAGUUGCCCCUAAGUGAGAGGACCGAGGCGCAGCGAGAGCCAUGGAGGGCCAGAGCGUGGAGGAGCUGCUGGCCCAGGCGGAGAAGGAGGAGGCGGAGAAGCUGCAGCGCAUCACGGUGCACAAGGAGUUAGAGCUGGAGUUCGACCUGGGCAAUUUGCUGGCUUCGGACCGCAACCCUCCGACUGUGCUGCGCCAGGCCGGGCCCUCGCCGGAGGCCGAGCUGCGGGCCCUGGCGCGGGACAACACGCAGCUUCUCAUCAACCAGCUGUGGCAGCUGCCGACCGAGCGCGUGGAAGAGGCGGUGGUAGCGUGCUUGCCGGAGCCCGCCACACGCCUGCCCCGCGAGAAGCCGCUGCCACGGCCACGGCCGCUCACCCGCUGGCAGCAGUUCGCACGCCUUAAGGGCAUCCGUCCCAAAAAGAAGACCAACCUCGUGUGGGACGAGAUAACUGGCCAGUGGCGGCGCCGUUGGGGUUACAAGCGCGCACGGGAUGACACUAAGGAAUGGCUGAUCGAGGUGCCCGGGAGCGCCGACCCCAUGGAAGACCAGUUCGCCAAGAGGAUUCAAGCCAAGAAGGAACGCGUGGCCAAGAACGAGCUGAACCGACUCCGGAACCUGGCCCGCGCGCACAAGAUGCAGAUGCCCAGCUCAGCCGGCCUGCACCCUACGGGACACCAAAGUAAAGAGGAGCUGGGCCGCGCCAUGCAAGUGGCCAAGGUCUCCACCGCUUCGGUGGGACGCUUCCAGGAGCGCCUCCCCAAGGAGAAAGCGCCCCGGGGCUCCGGCAAGAAAAGGAAGUUUCAGCCCCUCUUUGGGGACUUCGCAGCCGAGAAAAAAAACCAGUUGGAGCUACUUCGAAUCAUGAACAGCAAGAAACCUCAGCUGGACGUGACGAGGGCCACCAACAAGCAGAUGAGGGAAGAGGACCAAGAGGAGGCUGCCAAGAGGAAGAAAAUGAGCCAGAAAGGCAAGAGAAAAGGGGGUCGGCCAGGACCUUCGGGCAAGAGAAAGGGCGGCCUGCCGGGUCAGGGAGAGAAAAGGAAAGGAGGCUUGGGAGGCAAGAAGCAUUCCAGGCUGCCGGCGUUAGGGGGCAAGAAGAAGGGAGUGUCGCAGCAGGGUGGGAAGAGGAGGAAGUAGUGGUCUCCCUUCUGGACCUGUUCUGAAAAGCUAGGACUGUACUAAAGUUUAAUUUGUACGUGCUGUAGGCUGACUCAGGAGGUGGCUGCUUUCCUCUAUGAGCACGACAUUGAAGGGACAGGUUUGCCUCCCCGCGAGUUAGUGCUGGACUACGAAUUAAUGGAGACACUGACUGGAAGUUGGUGUAUUUUGGAACAAGAGAAUUACAGAAAUGAUAUAGUCAGAACCAGGAGUAAGUUAAGGCCUGCCUUUUUGUCUUGACUUUGGAUACUGGGUAAGGGUUGAUCAGAUUUAACUUUUACUGUCGGUAGAGGUUGUAUGUGAAGCCAGUGACCUGGGUACCAAUACGGAGUGUACUUAAAAAAAACAAAGUAGUUAUAAUGGUUAUAAAGAAGACACCUUGUAUUAGGAAAACUUUGCCACUAACUAUAAUAUUAAAAGUAUAGUGCUUUUUGAUUCAGGUGGUGCAUUUGGCCAGUGAAUUGCUUUAAGUGAUAAAUUGGAACCACACUAAGUAAUGGUAAUUAACCUUGUUACUCCAAGGUUACUCCACAUGGUUGUCAUUUUGUUUGUAGCCGGUGGCUUUUAAUUGGCUUGGGUUUAGCAAGUGCUGGGCUGGAAUUCACUACAGAGCCAAGGCUGAGAUUAUAGAGGAGCAGCCACACCCAGCAGGAGACUUCGAGUUUAUUUCUGCCCUGGAUGUUUUUUCCCUGUUUCAUUGUCUUAUUUUGGUCUUAAUAAACUUAUCUUUGCAUAAUUAA